AUAUACAACUUGAAAACUGUAGCUAUAACAUGUUGCUCGGCUGGUGGAGAAAAGUCUCCGCCGCAGAAACGGUUAUAAAUUGUAAUCAGGAACAAGUGUUGAUUUAUUGUUAUUUGAUUAGUAAACAGCAUCGCACGUUAAAUUGUUUCAAGUGAAAGAGGUGGUCAAAUGAACGUGCAUAAAAGUGAUCGAAUUGCUUAGUGAUAAAUUGUGGGUGGUUUCUUCGCAGCAAGUGCUCGGCGAUUACUAAAAUAUUUUGCUUUAUCAAACCAUCAGCGAUUAAAAUUUAAAAAAAAAAUAUAUUUUUCAAAAAAGCCUUGUGUAGCCUAGAUACGGAAAAAUCAUUCUUUGGGUCAUGCAAAUCGUAUAGCUUUAACAGUUGAAACGGAAAAACCAUACAUGCAAAGGUACAACUCGAUACAAACUGAGAGAACACCUUAGUCUCGACAAAGUUAAUUUCGGAAAAGAACCAAAAUGUUGAAAUAACUUAAAGGGAAAGUGAAACUUAACUUUACAAAAAUGUGAAUUGAAAAUGAGAGAUUGAGAAGUGAAAACCAUCUCUUUCGAAUACUAUAAUGAUAGCAACAUCCCCAAAAUCAUCAUCGUUUGCAAUACUUGGAAUGGGAAAGCAACGGCCGCUUCGAGUGAUGGUUGUCGGUCAGGUUGGUGUUGGCAAAACGGCAAUGAUUGUUCGAUUCAUCACGAAAAGAUUUAUUGGAGAUUAUGAUCCUAACGCACCAAAAAGUUAUGCAUUCCGUUACCAUGUUGACAACGAAGAAAUUUUUUUCCAGUUAAUAGAUGGCUCAGGACUACCAGAUAAACCUGAACAUAUGCUCGAAGCUGACCUAAAGAGAGCAGACGCUUUUAUUUUAAUGUAUUCUGUGACAGAUAAAUGCAGCUUCGAUGAUACUAAUCGCCUAAAAUUCUUAAUAACGUAUGCGAAACGAAGAAAAAAGAUGUGCAAGGAUCUAACUUUGAAGGAUUUUAUUUUAAAUGCUCCAGUCUUGUUGGUCGGCAACAAAACUGAUCAACAUGGCGAUAGAAUGGUAACGAUGGAUGAGGGUCAUAAGCGCUACAAAGACAUUUCUUGCGAAAGUUUCCAUGAAAUUUCUGUUCGAGAAAGUUAUGAAGAGGUGUGUAACGUGUUCGAAGAUGUGUGCAGAUAUUGGCGAAUAUUUAACAAAUGUCCAAAGUUGAAACGUUCCAGAAGCGAUGUACAAAAUGGUGGAUGGUUCGUGACAAGUCCGGAUCAUGGACGAUUCUAUUUUAGUAAUAGUUUUCGCAGGGAAAAACGCUCUUCGCAAUCGGAUAAUUUUAAGAAGAGCGAUGAAUGUUUUCGUUCCGACGACAAUAAGGAUAUGAGACCGUCAGAAUCGGGUCAGGGCGAACCGUUCCGAUCGCGAGCUUGUACGGACGGAACAAUUCUAGCAAGACCGAAGCGGUGUACAACGCCAUCCAUUUGUAUUACUUAUCCAAUGAGACUAAACAGACGUAUGAGUAUUUCGUUAAGAGGAUCGAAUUCAAGUAAUGAUUGGCCAUUGGAUGAAUGAUUGCAAAUAUAUGAUCUACUGUUUGUAAUUUGAAAGGUGUGUCCUUCUUCUGCAGGACCCACUCUUUUUUAAGAACUGUGAAAAUCUAUGAACAAUGAAUGAGUUUGUUACGGCGUGUAUGACUACUAGACCAUACCUAGAGUAAACACCUGUUUACCUGUUUAGGCUAGUUAAGGGGCUAUUCACAAAUUACGCACGCACCAAAUUCGAAAUUUCAGACCAACCUCCCCCCUUGCACGCGAAAAUGUAUGGAGAAAAUUUCAAAAAUGUAUGAAGCGUACGCUUUUGUCAAACCCCCCCCCCCCACUCCCCCCUUAAGAGCGUGCGUAAUUUGUGAAUGGUCCCUAAGGGUUCCCUCAAUUUUAGUUACGAAUCUCUCUUCACGCACAACGCACACAUUUAUGUGAUUAGAUUUUCUCGUUCAAUUCUCGUAACUGGCCAAUUUACUCUAUAGUCUUUUACUUAUCGCAAAGAAAGAGUUGCGAUUUUUGAUGAUGUAACUAUUCCAUGAUUCCACUAAUUCGUGGUACAUAAAUGUUUCGUACAUUCUUUAAAAAUUAAGUGAAGGAGUGAGCUUAAAUUAAAAAA